UGCCGAACUAAUUAAUAUUUACACUGCAGAGUAUGGACUCAUUUGAUAUGCACGGUGAAAAGCUUGGAUUCAGCGGAUGAUUUUGGGAGAUAUGUGUGAAUUUCUGAGACAGAAUGACCGUACACAUACACGGGAUGAAUUAUCUGUGAGUGUGGAGUGUUAAAUAAGGUUGAGGAAGAAAAUACAAUCCGCCUAGACGAUUUUGUUUUGGGAAGGUAGAAUCGAAUUUAGACAAAAUGGCGGAUUUAGAAGCGGUCCUGGCCGAUGUCAGUUACUUGAUGGCGAUGGAGAAGAGCAAGUCGACUCCAGCUGCCCGUGCAAGCAAGAAAAUUAUUUUACCCGACCCUAGCGUCCGGAGCGUGAUGCACAAACACCUCACAAAAAUGGGUGAAGUGACAUUCGACAAAAUCUUUGGACAGAAAUUGGGUUAUUUGCUCUUUAAGGACUUCUGUGAAAACGUCUGUGAUGAACCUGUCCCCCAGUUGAAGUUUUACGAGGAGAUUAAAAAGUUUGAGAAAUUAGAGACAGAUGAAGAAAGAAUAAAGCUUGGAAAAGAAAUCUAUGACCAAUUUAUAAUGAAAGAAUUAUUGUCUCAGUCCCAUACUUUUCUGCAGACAUACUCUAAGGCAGCCGUGGAGUCCGUACAGGAAUCUCUCACCGCCGCCCAAAGAACCAAAAAAUUAGCACCAAAUAUUUUUGAGCCCUACAUAGAGGAAAUAUGUAAUUCACUACGAGGAGAUAUAUUUGACAAAUUUUUAGAAAGGGAUGUCUUUUCCCUGUGGACGUAUCGUGAAAAAUAUACUCGAUUUUGUCAAUGGAAGAACUUAGAGCUGAAUAUAGAGUUAACAAUGAAUGACUUCAGUGUACAUAGAAUAAUCGGCAGGGGAGGUUUUGGAGAAGUGUAUGGAUGUCGUAAAGCUGACACUGGUAAAAUGUAUGCAAUGAAGUGUUUAGAUAAGAAGAGGAUUAAAAUGAAGCAGGGCGAGACAUUGGCUAUCAAUGAACGAAUCAUGUUAUCCUUAGUUAGCACAGGGGAGGGGAGUCCAUUUAUAGUAAACAUGACGUACGCCUUCCAGACGCCUGAGAAGCUGUGUUUUAUUUUGGAUCUGAUGAAUGGGGGGGACCUUCACUAUCACUUGUCACAACAUGGAGUCUUUAAUGAGCGGGAAGUUCGAUUUUAUGCCUCAGAAGUUAUACUUGGACUAGAGCACAUGCACAAUCGAUUUGUAGUCUACAGAGACUUAAAGCCAGCCAAUAUUUUAUUAGAUGAAAAUGGACAUGUACGGAUCUCAGAUUUAGGUUUGGCCUGUGACUUUUCCAGAAAGAAACCUCAUGCUAGUGUUGGGACGCAUGGCUACAUGGCCCCUGAGGUGCUAAACAAACAAAUGCAGUAUGAUUCCAGUGCUGACUGGUUCUCCUUUGGAUGUAUGCUUUACAAGUUACUGAGGGGGUAA